AUGCCUGGCAAUACCCAGCGCUCUCCUUCACAGAGAUCGUUCCGCCUCUCCAACCACGGUUUUCAGCCACUCAGUGGCAUCAGAGACGACAAAAUGACACCCCAAGGCACCGACAUUCCACUGCAGACGGUAGUUAGUCACACACCGUCGCCCAUAACAGACGAAAAGCAGUCAGAGAAAAGCGGCUUGUUCAACGGCAUGUCCACAAAGGGCCGUAGGCAGCGACAGCUGGCAAAGAUUGACUCGAGGACCGGCGCCCCGCUGCCACCUCGCGAGGCUCCUGGGCAGGAGAAGACAGCCCUCAAUAAGAUGGGACGUCUCUACACCAAAAUCCUAAACUUCAGCAUUGUCACUCGUUAUAUGGUUUAUGUCGCACCGGUCGCCCUCCUUCUGGCCAUUCCUAUCAUUUUGUCGCAAACAGGAGUUUCGGCCGGAGAGAUUGGCAAUACGGACUCUAGGAGGUUCUGGAUCUGGAUUGAAAUCAUCUGGCUCAGUUUCUGGGUUAUGAAGAUCGUCGCCCAUUUUCUUCCAAACGUCUUCGAGUUCCUCAUCGGUGUAGUCAGCCCUGGUGUCAAGAAAUAUGCCUUGCUCCUCCGUGCUGUGGAGAAACCUCUGUCGUUCGUGUUGUGGAUGGUUGUCAAUCAAGCAACGUUUCCCGGUCUUGUCGUUGUAAACGAGGAUUUCAAAAAGGAUAAUGGAAAUCCACGGUGGUAUGGCAAGGUGCAAUCAGUUCUACUUGCCUUGUUGGUCUGCACCGUGAUCAUCCUCGCUGAGCGUAUCUUGAUCCAGUUGAUCAGUAUCAGCUACCACCGCAAGCAAUUUGACCAAAAGAUCCAGGAGUCGAAACGCAGCAUCUAUCUUUUGGGAAUUCUCUAUGAUGCAUCCCGAGCAUUGUUCCCUGCCUACUGCAAUGAGUUUGCCGAGGAAGACUACUGUAUCCAGGACACACUUCUCGAUCUCCUCCCAGGUAGUAAGAAGGGUACAUCCAAGAAGGGACGAUCCGGCACCCGCACUCCCAUGCGCCUUGUCCAGGAAGUCGGUCGCGACGUUGGUCGUAUUGGAGACAAGGUCACGUCUGUUUUCGGAACCAUUGCCUCCGAGAUCACGGGUAAAAAGGUCUUUGACGUCAACUCUGCUCAUUCCAUUGUUCUCACCGCUCUGGAGAGGAACCGUUCUGCUGAAGCUCUCGCCAAGCGUAUUUGGAUGUCUUUUGUCGUUGAAGGCAAAAACGAACUCUACCAGGAAGAUCUCAUUGAAGUCAUGGGUCCCGGCCGCGCAGAUGAAGCUGAGGAGUGCUUCGGAUCGCUCGACCGUGACGGCAACGGCGAUAUCAGUUUGGAUGAAAUGAUCCUCACUGUCACAGAAAUCGGCAGACAGCGCAAGGCUAUGAACUCUAGUAUGCACGACGUUGACGCUGCUAUUCACGCUCUCGACGGCCUGUUGUUUACCAUCGUCUUCAUCGUCUGUAUCUUCGUUUUCAUCGCCUUCCUCAGCCCUAGCUUCGUUGGCACUCUGACGACGUCGGCUACCGCUCUUCUAUCUCUAUCCUUCGUCUUCGCCACAACCGCCCAGGAGAUUCUCGGUUCUUGCAUUUUCCUCUUUGCCAAACACCCUUUCGAUAUUGGUGACCGAGUCGACAUUACAGCGGAGCAGCUUACUGUUGAGCACAUCGCCCUGCUGUACACAGUCUUCAAGCGUGUCUCCAGCGGCAAGACGGUUCAGAUUCCCAACAUCGUAUUGAACGGGCUAUGGGUCGAAAAUGUCACACGAAGCAAAGCCAUGCGCGAGCAGGUUUCUGUAUUCUGUGACUUCGCCACUUCUUUCGAGGAUAUUCACCUCCUCAAACUCGAGAUGCAGGCCUUCCUCCGAGACCCUGCCAACAGCCGCGACUUCUAUCCUGAUACUGACAUCGAGGUCCUCAGCAUCGCCGAAAUGAACAAGCUCGAGCUCCGUGUCGAGAUUCGCUUCAAGGGCAACUGGUCAAACGAGUCCCUUCGCGCAGCCCGACGAUCGAAGUUCAUGUGUGCAUUGGUCGUUGCUUUGCGCAAGGUUCCAAUCAAUGGCCCGGGUGGCGGAGAUGCCGCUCUUGGCUCGGCAGACAAGCCAACAUGGUCUGUCGCCGUUCCGCCGGCUGAGGCGCGUGAAGCGUACGAGGCGUAUUUGAUGAACGCUGACAAGGGACGUAUGGUGCCUCUCAACCAGCCAGAUGAUCCCAGCGACAAGGGCAAGUCUACAGGCAAUGACUACCUAGGUGUCGGUGUGCAGAGUGAGGAUUUUGCCAUUAGCUCUUUGACAAAUCGCAGACCAGGCGUCGACACUGUUCGCGAUGACACCUGGAAUGCUCGCGAUGACAUCAGUACCCUCGGACGACCCAGUACCGACGCUCGACCCGAUUUGGAUGAGGUUAAGAGCUUGCUGCACAAGGCCAGCACAGCUGGAAAACGCAAGGGAGGCGCCACUCUCUCGCCCUACGCCACACGAGCAUCGACUGACUUCAAUCGACCACCGCCACUUCCUCUCUCCGUAAAUCCAUCGCAGUCGAACUACGCCUCCCCGCCACAGCCUCUCCAACCGUCACAAUCGAUGCACCGCAGCACAGCACCGGGAUCGCCGACGUCGAUUUCCACUGGCCAGAUUGAGGACUACCAGUUCCAAACCAUGAUGCCGCCCCCACCAAGGUCCAACAGCCGACCCCGUGUUGUCAUGACCGCAGAAGAGCGUGAGCGUGAGCAGGAAGAGGAGGGAAGGUCGCCAUUCGGUGCGCCCGGUCGAAACAGCUCCAACAACCCUUAUCGGGCGCAGAGUCCACCGGCCGAGCAGUUCCAGUACAAGAGGGAAUAA